AUGUGGCUCUCACAAUUCCAGCCUGGACCAGGUUUCUGCAUAUCUGCGAGAAUUAAGAGGAUCGGGCUCCAGAUGUUGAAUCUAGGGGCUUGGUAUCUUUACAGUCAUGGAAAUACUCUGCAGAAUCAUGGGGCAUAUAAUCUUCUUAUCUUCGGAUUGAUGUUCUUCCCCAGUAACUUAAUGUUCGGUCUGCUGUACGUGUGGUUUGAAUUAGCAUCUAGCCAAGAGCGAAAAACCAAGUCGCAGAAGAGAUUCUGGAAGCAGUUUCUCGGCGCUGUUGCAAUAUUUGGGGUUCUCUUUUUCCAUCUGUCGAAUGCGAAAAGAGAACAGCUGAAAUAUGGAUUUUUCGGCGAUGAGAUCCCGUGUUCUGCAAAAGAGCGGAAGUCUGGAAGUUGUGAUUCGUGCCAAUGGCAAGAAACUACUCCUUGGUUUGAUCUUCUACCGUUUCGGCAAAACAUCUUCACCGGCCCCAUGACUUGUCCGGCAGACGAAUCUUUCUCUGCAAGAUUCGAAGAAGAUAGGCUUAUAGUUGAAGGAUGUGAGAACACUCAAACUGAAAUAAAAUCAUAUUUCAACGAUUCGGUGAUAGCGAGAAACAAUGGCCCUAUCUACUCUCUACUUCCAAGAACCGAAACGUGGGGUUUGGCUAUGAAAAAUGACAGCUUGAAUAGACCAUAUAACGGUUUUCAAGACACUGUCCUCCAGGCCGUGGAAUUGAACACUUUUCCAUACUUUCAAGAAACAAAAAUCAGCGCCUCCAUCGAUGAUAUCCUCGUCCACUGCGGCACCGCACUUCCAAAACUAGUAUACAGAAUUCAGCCCUCCUUCAAAAACAACACCACAUCAACCCCCAACAACUCAUCUACAGAAGAGGACAAAAGACUCAACAUCAUCAUCCUCUUCAUCGACGCCAUGUCCCGCGCCCACUUCCACCGACGCCUCCCCCUCACCCAACACGCCCUCGAACUCCUCACCGGCUCGCCCUCCUCAACCAGCACCCUCUACCCCCUCACCCGCUACCACAGCAUCGGCAUAAACACCACACCCAACACCCGCGCCCUAUGGGCCGGCCUCCCCACCUCCUCUCUAACAACCAGCUUCCUGCCCAUCUGGGAGCAAUUCCAAUCCCACGGCUACACAUCCGCGCGCGUGGACCCCAUGUGCCAAGAUUGGACCGCCUACUACGACGCCGGCACCUUCCCCUCCUCCUCCCCCUCCUCCUCCUUCAUCUCGCAGAAAAUAGCACACGAACACAUCGCCUUCUCGUGUCUACCGCCACACCUACCCAUCGGGAAAGAUAACGCGGGAAACUUCGCCGGACCAGCGAGUAUCAAAGCGAGGUGUUUCUCUGACACGCACAUCGGGCACCACGUCCUGGAUUGGACCGAGUCAUUCAUCUCGAGCUAUCAAUCUCCCUCUCCUCGAACCCCGUACUUCCUCAACGCCGCAUUCAUGGAAGCGCACGAAGGCUCCUCGGAAGUCCUCCGCACGCUCGACGCCCGCCUCGCUACCUUCUUCUCCCCGACUACCAGCGCCGUGAACUGGAAUUCCACCGCCGUCGUAAUGGUCAGCGAUCACGGGGCGUUGAUGGGGUUGAAUAAUGCGUUUUUUGAGAACGGGAGGGUGGAGGCGAAGAAUCCGUUUGCGGCGUUUGUGUUGCCGGAUUGGUUUAUGGGGCAGGAGGACAGGGAGGACAGGUUUAGGGGGGCGGUGGGCAGGUUGGUGACGCCGUUUGAUGUUUAUGAGACGGUGAGGGGGAUUGGAGGCGUGAGGGGUGGUGGGGAGAGGAGCGGUGGUGGGGUGGAUUUGCUGAGGGAUGGGGUUGGGGAUCGGAGUUGUGGGGAAGCGGGUAUUGCUGAGGAAUUUUGUCGUUGUAGAUAG